AUGAGGGUGAAUGACCCAGGGGGGAAAACCCCCUCAUUAGAUUAUUUUUGGCAAUUCCCCCUGUAUGGAAAAGGGAACAAUGGGAACAAACAAAAUAUGUUUGGGGAAGCUACCCUUGGAGACUCUAUUCGGGUUUCCCCCCAAGGCCCUUUGAAGGGUUUUUUUGGGGGACGAAACUCCCUUACCUCUUUUGCAGCACUGGAUUGCCAGCAGGUGGAUGGACGCCUGAAACAAAUUGAUGUCAGCCUGGGCCAGGUGUUUGGUGUGAACAGCAAUGACAACAUCUACACUCUCUAUGGUAGCAAUUGGGUCCAACUCCCUGGAGCUUUGAAGCAUGUUACUGUUGGUCCUGCAGGCGUGUGGGGAGUCAACAAAUGUAACGAAAUCUACAAGAUGGUGGCUGGCCAGUGGGUUAAUGUUCCAGGCUUGCUGAAGCAGAUUGAUGCAGGUGGUGAUGAGUUUGUCUCUGGUGCAAACAUGGUUGAUAGUAUCUACUGCAUGGGCAGGCAAGCCACAAUGGCAUUUAGAAAUGCCCAGACUUCUCCUGCAUGGGAGCAACUGCCUGGAGCCCUUAAGUACUACUCAUGUGGCCCCAAUGGCUGUUGGGGUGUCAAUUCUGCAAACCAAAUAUUUAUAAUGAAAGGUGUGACGCCUACUGCUUGCAAGGGCAGUCAAGAGUGGCAGAACAUUCCAGGCUCCUUGGCAAUGAUUGAAGUGGGCACAGAUGGCAGUGUCUAUGGAGUGAACGCAGAUGGAAAUGUUUACCGCAGGUAGGUCUUCUUUCAUUGGCACAUCU